AUGGUCGUAAAACGUGCUGCGGACAGUGCGGACUCGCCAAUACUUGAGGAGGCCGGUGAGAGCGGCUCCGAACUGAAGCCCAAACCCCUCGUCAAAUAUGGCGAGCUUGUCAUACUUGGGUACAACGGAUACCUGCCCGCCGGCGAGAGGGGUAGGCGCCGCAGCAAGUUCGUGCUGUACCGACGGCCCGCCGCCAACGGGGUGCGCCGCUCGAAGCACUACGUGGUGAAGACGCCCCACAGCAGCAAGGCGAUCCUCGACGCCAGCCAGCACUCUAUAUCGUACACGCUCAGCCGGAGCCAGGCGGUCAUCGUCGAGUACACCGAGGACCCGGACACGGACAUGUUUCAGAUCGGCCGCUCGUCCGAGUCGCCGAUCGACUUCGUGGUGAUGGACACGGUGGCCGGCGACAAGAGCGGCGACACGAAGGUGCUGCAGAGCACGAUAUCGCGGUUCGCGUGCCGCAUCAUCGCCGACCGCAACGACGUGAACAACUGCCGCAUCUACGCGGCCGGCUUCGACUCCUCGAGGAACAUAUUCCUUGGCGAGAAGGCGACCAAGUGGACGGAGAACCAUGAGAUCGACGGUCUCACUACCAACGGCGUGCUGAUAAUGCACCCGCGCGGCGACUUCUGCGGCGGCAGCGCCACCUGCGGGCCGUGGCGCGAAACAUCCGUCGGCGGGGCCGUGUUCUCGCUGAGGGAGAGCCGCUCGGCACAGCAGAAGGGGGUGCCAUGCCAAGCCGAGACAAACGUGCUGAGGGACGGCACUAUGAUCGAUUUGUGCGGGGCAACCCUCCUGUGGAGGAGCGCAGAGGGGCUCAAGAAUUCACCGACGAAGCGCACCUUAGAGGCGCUGGUGGAUGAGCUGAACGCCGGCCGGCCGCAGUGCCCCGUCGGCCUGAACACGCUCGUGAUACCGCGCAAGCUCUCCGCCGCCCACCAGGACCUCAACCAGCCCUACGUCUACCUCAACUGCGGCCACGUCCAAGGCGAGCACUCGUGGGGCGCGGACGGCGGCGAGGCGGGGGUGCGCCGCUGCCCCAUGUGCCUCACCGCGGGGCCCGUGGUGCGCGUGUGCAUGGGCAUCGAGCCCGCCUUCUACGUGGACGCCGGCCCGCCCACCUACGCGUUCAACCCGUGCGGCCACAUGGCCUCCGAGAGGACCGUCAAAUACUGGGCGAGCGUGGACAUACCGCACGGGACGAACGGCUUCCACGCGAUCUGCCCCUUCUGCGCGGCGCCCCUGCAGGGCACUCCCGGCUACGUGCGCCUCAUUUUCCAGGACAACCUCGAC